AUGCCUGUUGAAACUGCCUACGACCCCAAGGACAUGCUGUUCCGCCACCUGGGACCUACUGGUCUCAAGGUCAGUGUCUUCAGUCUUGGUGGCUGGUUGACAUACGGCGGUACGCAAAAGGGCGAUAUCGUGAAGCAGAUUCUUCAAAAGGCUUGGGAUCACGGUGUUAACACUUUUGAUACCGCCGAGGUCUACGCCAAUGGUGAAUCUGAGGUUGAGAUGGGUCGUGCUCUCAAGGAGCUCGGCUGGCCUCGUGAUGAAUACGUUCUCACCACAAAGGUCUUCUUCGGUACUGGCCGCAAGGAGCCCAACACUCGAGGUCUCAGCCGCAAGCACGUCGUCGAGGGUCUCAAGAGCUCUCUCAAGCGUCUUGAGCAGCCUUAUGUCGAUGUUGUCUUUGCUCACCGUCCCGAUUACGCUACUCCCAUGAAGGAGAUUGUUGAGGGAUUUACUCAGGUCAUCCGCAACUUGAACCUUGCUUACUACUGGGGUACUUCUGAGUGGACCGCUGCUCAGAUUACCGAGGCUACUCACAUUGCUGAGCGCUACAACCUCAUUGCUCCCGUCGUUGAGCAGCCUCAGUACAACGCCUUUCACCGUGAGCGCUUUGAGGUCGAGUACGCUCCCCUAUUCAAACAAUUCGAGUACGGCACUACAAUCUGGUCCCCCCUCGCCUCCGGCCUCUUGACCGGCAAGUACAACAACGGAAUUCCCGAGGACUCACGAUUCGCUACCAACAAGGCCUUCUUCGAGAACACAGUCAACGAGCUUCAAACCGAAGCCGGCAAGGCCAAGAUCGAAAAGGUCAAGAAGCUCACCGAAGUAGCUGAGCGUCUCGGCGGAAACGUCGCCCAGCUGUCUCUUGCUUGGGCUCUCAAGAACCCUAAUGUCAGCACUGUCAUUCUUGGUGCGACAAAGGUUGAGCAGCUUGAGGAUAACUUCAAGGCGCUUGAGAUUUACAAGAAGAUCGAUGAUAAGGUUUUGGAGGAGAUUGAGACGAUUCUUGAUAACAAGCCUAAGCCUGCUCCUACUUUUAACCGUGAGAGUGAGAUAUCUACCAAAGACGCCAAGAAUCUUUCUCAGGCGUCAAAACACUUCCAUUCUGCUACUCUUCAGACCCUCUGGAAAUCUGUAGUUAUACCGGCAUGGAGUGAGAACGACAUUUAUGGCAUCAAAAUCGACGAUUUCCCAGUCGACAGGCUAGUCUUUACGAAAUCUAUUGAUCUACGAUUCAUAAGUGAGAACGAUACAAGAGCUUGUCCGCAUAACCGAAGACUGCAGACCUAUCGAGAGGCAGACGAUGAGAAUAUUGUCGCCAAACUAGCAUCCUUUGAGAACUUCAAGGGAAAGAUUCUCCCACUUCUCGAGAAAUGUGACAAAGAACAAUUGGAAUCGUUCAGUUGGGAUCUAGGAACAUGUAUACCAGCUCCCAUCUUGGGAAGCAAUGGCAUCGUCGCCCGUCAACAGUCUACGAUCAGUUCUUUGAAGCUUACAACCCAUCCCUUUUGCACACGCUAUAACUCCCGCGAACGUAAGAUCGACUUGUCCGCCUUUCAUCAUCUUCUGAAUCUCAGUUGGAGAGGGCCAACCUCGGAUAACCUCAAAGUAUUCGCCCUUGCACUUAGAAACAACAAAUCGUACCUUCAGGCCUUAGAGCUGGACCUCAUCGACUGGCCGCAUAUACGAAAGGCACUAGGUUACCGGAACGAUGAGGAGAGAGUACACAGAUUGAGAGCAAGAGACUAUGUAGCGAAAAUGGUUCUUGGUCUGGACAAGCGCUCUCCUCGCAUCACAUUUCCCAAUUUACAUACUCUAGUUCUAAGCCACGUUCCUCUGACCGACACUCUAGUUCAAGCUAUCGACUUCGAGAUUCUCAGAUCUCUAACGAUCCGGGCAUGCCCGCAGUGGUACGAUUUCGUGCUAGCAAUGGCACAGCACAGAAUCCCAGUGAAACUAAAGAAGCUCGAGCUUCAGGAAUCAUGGCCCAAAAAUGAUGCAGCAACCUACGAUCUUGAAGACGGGGACCCAAUUGAGAUUCUAUUAGACUCUUUCCAAGGUUUAGAAGAGUUCUAUCUUGAUCAGACCGGUAUGAUGCUCUCAAAGUACACAUGGGACAAUGUUUGCCAUCAUAGCUCUACGUUAAAGAGAUUUGUAAACCAUUCAAGGUUCUAUGAUGACGAAUUGGAGGACUGGACGGAUUUGCCGGAUAUGAUGAUUAUUGAGCGUGAUAAGAAAAGGUUCUGGGACGAUCCAACUUCAUCUCCUCUUUAUCACCUGGAUCUCGAUUUCAUUGGGCUGUCUUGUGAGCCUAUCAACUUGAAAAGAUUGUCUUAA